AAUGGUCCAUAUCUAUUCGAUCAUUCCCAUACAUCCCGACAGCACCCACGGAAACGUAGUAGUUGGUCUAAUAGCUCGGGUCAAUAUCGGAGACGUCACACCCCUUCAUAUUGUCUUACGCUCCUCACACGACCCAAUUUUAGUUAUACGUGACUUUCAAAGCCCAGAUAGAGUAUGUGUCAUACGCCCUGCGUACAUCGCGAAGAAAUGGUUUGUUAGUCGCCGGUCUUCUGGAGAAAUGGGCAUGUGGGUGGUGUACGAAAAGGAGUCUGCUGCACUGGACGUUUUGUGGAAGGCAGUUUACUAUUGAUAUUUAAAUUUUAAAUAGACCAAAAUGACAACAAUAAUGGACCCAUUUGAG